AUGAUGAAAGGUAUAUGUAUUCGAGCAAAUAACGAUUUUGGUUUUUGUGAGGAGUAUCCGAAUUUUUUACCACAAACAUGGUUUUCAUGUCCUGGCUUAUACUCUAAUCAGGUAUUUGGUAAGUAUAAAAUGAUAUGUAAUCCGUAUCAGUAUGGUUCGAAAUUUAAUCCAAUUCAUUCCGAGACUGAAUUUAUACCUGAUGGACAUUGUGUCAUUCGAUAUAAAAAUCGUCACUACGAGAUACAUUGUUGCUGUUAUUGGCGCUUUCGGCAUAACUGUACGAUACCAUUAGAUGGCGAAAUGCACAUUUGCGCCAAUAGAACUGAAGAGGCAAUAAAUGGCGAAGAGAAAAUUAUCAAUACCACACUUCAAUCUUUACCUCUUGCAAGUAGCUGUUUUGCAUCGUUUCAUCUAAAGGUAACAAAUGAGGAAACAGUACAUUUGGUUAGCACUUCAUACGGUGUACCAACAAAAACCGAAAAUGACACCCACCGGUGCUACCAGUAUACCUCGAUGAGUCAUGCCACGCAAUGUUCGGCAAUUGAAAGUUGUCCGAAAAUGUGUCCUUUACUGGAACCUUUUCCAAUUGAAUCAUUUCAGACGUUGACGGUGUUAUGCUGCUGUGAUAACAGAAAAGACAGUAUGUGCAAUAUGAAAACUGAAUUUGGUCAAAGUAUUCUCACCAAUAAUGGCAACAGUUAUAAACUUCCAAAAUGUGCCCAUCGACAUGUACUACAACACAUCUUUUUUGCUAACAUUUAUGCUAAUCAUUGCAUCGUAUACUAUGAUUUCAGGCUAAUGAAACCUUUAAAUCUUAUUUACGGUUAUAAUAUGGAAUUUGAAACUUCAGCGAAAGAAAUUUAUGGUAGCAAUCAGGAAUUCAUUUUAGCCGAUAUCUUUCAAUACAAAAAUCUCGAAAACUCAUGGACAAAAUGUUGUACAGAAGUUAAUGCAAGUGUAGAACAAAUUGAUCGCAUCACAAAAAGUUCAAAAGCUUGGACAGUUGGAGUAAUAAAAUGUAAUUCAAGCGCUGAACCGAAAUGUGAUGCUAAUUUAGUUGAAAAAAUUAAAAAACAUCGAACUCAUUACUUGGAAUAUUAUCGAAACAAAUAUGGUAGAUUGUGUUAUUUAAAAGAAUUUGCUGAACAAUAUGUGACAACAAAUCGAUCAUUACAAACUACUUGGUGCUAUGAAGAAUCAUUUGGCCGAGGCCUAGAUUUUGUAAGCAGACGUGGUUUUAUGCUAGAAGAUAAGGAACUUCCACCUGGCAAAAUAUGUUCACAUCGAUUGAAGGCCAAUGUUCGAUACUCAGAUGAUAAAAUGUUUGCACAUUGUUUCAUGAUGAAACAAAAUAAUGGUGAAUUAUCAGCAUUUUGUUGCUGCUCCUCGACUAUUGAUAAGCCAUGUAAUUAUAUAAGCGAGAAAUAUUAUAUUUCUCGAACGACCGUAAAUUAUACUAAAAAAGCUCUUCAGACACGAGAGCACUGCUUGUUACCUGACGGUGGACGUGACCUCUGCCUUUUGGCAGGUAGUCAUUUGGUGAUUUGUUAUUACCUUGCUGAUAUGAAGAAUGGAAAGGUGGAAGGUGGAUGUGCUCUAUCAUUGACAAGGAAGUUUGAACGUCACAAACUUGCUAAUGUUUGUUUGAUUAAAUCAUUGUAUAAUUUGGCAGUACCAGUUGAAUUUUUACAUGCAGCUGAAGCAGUUAAAAUUUUUUGUUGUGCCGGAAGAGAUGAUUGCAAAGAAUCACUACUGGAAAUGAGACGUUUUAAAAGACUUUUCGAGAGUGAACAGUUCAAAAGAGUCAAAACUUUAGAAGAGGAAGAUUUUGCAUUUAUUACUUCCAAAUGA